AUGGUUGCCUCUCUGAAGCCCUGGCCCCUCAUGAUUGCCGUCGCUGCGUGCAUCAUGUUCUGUCUGGGAACCUUAGUGGAUGCCUACCCUCCCAAACCCGAGAGCCCCGGAGAAGACGCUUCCCCUGAAGAAAUGGCCAAAUACUUCUCUGCUCUUCGGCAUUACAUUAAUUUGGUGACACGGCAGAGGUAUGGCAAGAGAUCCAGUCCAGAGACCUUGAUGUCAGAGCUUAUUUUUGGAGAUAGCAGCAGCAGCACCGGUGACCACAAUGGCCAAUCACGAUCUGAUGACUCCUAUGUGUGGUGACGACCUUCACAUUCCUCGGCUGAUGGUGCAUUGGCUGCCUCUUUUUAAACGUUUCAACCCUGU